CACUCUCUACAUCAGACUAAAAGUUAACUCAAAGGUUCAACAACCCCUUUAAGUCUGGCAUGCUCACGGUUAAGGUGAGAAUUCCAUAUCCUAAUUUUCCUGUUAUUAGAAAUCACUUUAUGUUUCUGAUCUAUAAAUCCCCUCUUCUUUGAGCUGUGCUCAAAAUACCGGCCUUUCUAUAUAUUUAUCUUUUUUCCCUAUUAAUAACAUUGGGAUCAACUAUCAUUUUUACCGGCCAGGUGUCAACCCCAGCAGUGAGUUAAAAAACAUGUUAUACAUUCCAAAAUUCACAGGGGUGCACUCCAAACACAGUCUCUUUGUAGUGUAAGUUAGGUGAUGCAGAAGAUUUGUAGGCCGCGCACUCCAGAACACCACCACGACUCGCUUGUCUCCAAAUAUUUUAAAAAGGUUGGUGUCGUUCCUGGGACUGACAGGGACUGAAGUCACUAAACUUUCACCCCAGGACAUUUUACCUUUUCAAUAAAGCAUAUAUAGACCCAGGAUUUUAUUGUGCAGCAGAGCACACUGGGCUGGUUUGUUUUUCAAAGAAGGAGCACAGCAGUGCAGGGUAAAAGAAUCAGCAUAACAAUGGCAGUAAGGAAUGGCAGUACGAGUGUUCCAGUGGGCACCGGAUUUUGGAAUAGUGCAAAACCAGCUCAAUACAGCAAAGAAACACAAGAGUUGCUUCGAGUGAUGAUGGAAGAAUCCAAACUUACCAAUUUUCAAAAGCGUCAGAUAAAAGAGCGACUUCAAGGAGGUGAUGCACUACCAGUCCAGUGCCACCCCAGUUCCAGUGAUACCGGCCGUAGAUGUCCAGUAACAACCUGCCAGCGACCAAGAGCUACUCUUCAGCCUUGCAGACCAAGCUUGCGUCCUGCUGAGAAGUGCCGCGCUGGAGAUGCUUAUUGUAGAGACAAGUUCCAUCCUCGGCCCACAAGAGAUCUGAAUAAAGAAAAGUGCAAGUUACAAAAUAUCAUGGCGACAGGGAAAGACCUUCCUACACCAACACGAGUUACCCCACAAAAAGAAGACCAGGAGGAAGAAGAGGAGAAGGAUCGAUUUGAUGAGUUGGUGGCAGAAGUCCAGGAAAGGAAGGAUUUCCUUGAAGAUAUGGAAGCUUUAGGUAGAGGGAAAGAUUACCGGAACAUAAUCAACACAGAAAUCUCACAGAAGUUGCGUGAGAUGCAAAUCAUUGAUAAACAAAGGAGCAUGGAGCUGAAGGAGUUACUGCAAAAGUCAGAGAACAAGCAGCUGUCCUGAUGUAUCCUAGCAGUGUGUCGAGACUAGGACUUUGGGACCUCACUGCCCUUAUAUUGAAUGUCUGACUCUGUCCCACACCUUCUUGUGACUGUCGAUUUCAUCUUUCCUUAUUGCUACAGUUAAUAGACUACAUCACUGAUUACUGGACAAAUGAGAUUGUGGCAUUUUUACAGAAGUUACAGUGAUUGCAGUGUGUGUUGUGCACAAUACAGUAAAUAAAUCACUGUAAAGUUUCAGCUGCCAGUGGUAUUUUAAACAGGUGAGCCAUAUACUUUGUUACUUGCCCUCUAAAAUAGAAAGGGUGCAAAAUAGUAGAUAUGAAAAAUAAAAAUGUUAUUCGUUUA